AUGUACCUCGUUGUCUUGAUGGGAAAUCUUCUGCUCAUUACUGUGGUAGCAGUCAACAGUAAUCUUCACACCCCAAUGUAUUUCUUUCUUGUCAACUUAUCCCUCAUUGACCUUGGAUCCACUUCUGUUAUCAUUCCCAAAUCAAUGGCCAAUGCCCUCAUGAACACAAUGCAGAUUUCAUAUGCUGAAUGUGUUGCACAAAUGCUUUUGUUUCUUUUCUUCCUGUCAACAAACACAUUCAUUCUCACUGUCUUGGCCUAUGACCGAUAUGUUGCCAUCUGUCACCCACUGCACUUUGCAACUAUGAUGAAAAGAACCAACUGCAUCCAAAUGGCUGGUGGGGCAUGGUUGGCAGGAUUUCUGAAUGCUGCACUCCACACAGGUACCAUUUUCUCACUGCCCUUCUGCUCCAAUAUCAUCCAUCAGUUCUUCUGUGAUAUCCCACAUGUAAUCAGGCUCUCUUGUUCUGAUUCAUACCUCAAUGAAAUGUGGAGUCUUGCCUUUAGUGUAUGUUUAGGUGUCAGCUGCUUUGUAUUUAUUAUCAUGUCCUAUGUGCGGAUCUUUGCCACUGUGUUCAGAAUGCCCUCCGUGGAGAGAAGACAAAAGGCCUUCUCCACUUGUAUCCCCCACCUCAUUGUUGUCUCCCUAUUAAUCGGCACUGUCCUCUUUACUUAUCUUACGCCAAACUCUGCCUCUUCAUACAAUCUGGAUCAAGCACUUGCUGUGUUAUAUACUGUGGUACCUCCAAUGAUGAACCCAGUAAUCUACAGCAUGAGGAACCAAGAUGUCAAGGCUGCCUUGUGGAAGAUGCUUGGUAGGGGGGCAUCUUACCAUAAAGAAUAA